GGGUAUGAUUGUCACCUACCAAAAAAACAUAGGGCAGGCGUGUCAUUUUGUAAAUUUCAUUCGCAAUUUGCUUUAACAGUAGUAUAUUUGACAGGUGUCUACUUUCGUCACUCCCCAAAAGGAGGGGAAACUAACUGGAUUCUCUGGUUAUUUUUGGUCACCCAUUCCUCUAAAGACUUGGAAAUUCAUCGUUGGAUACUUCCAAGAAGGAGUGAUGCUGGGCUGGAAUCAUCAAGAAAAAUUUUGUUCAUGAGGAUUUUGUUUUGCAAGAUCCAUUGCCCUUCUUUCAUUUGCUUCUGCAAACCCUCCCCUCAUUUGUACACUGCUGGACCAUUGAAAUUGGAAAACAGCCCACAUGCGCCAGUUGCUGUUGAUACCUGUAACCAUCAUGAAUGUGGUGAUACUGAUGGUGAGACUAUUGCGGCCAGCAAAGAUUUUACUGAUGUAGAUGGGAAGCAACGGCAAGAACAACAGGUUGAGAAUUUUGCGAAAAGCAGUCUCAAGAAGACAUCUCCCGAUUCGAAAGAGGUUCAAAAGAAGAGAGUGCAAUGGCCGGAUUUGUUGGGGAAAGAACUAGUUGAGAUCAGGGAGUUUGAACCUAGUGAAACAGAAGAUACAGACAAUGAAUACGAGAACACUAGGGGCUGCGUUUGUGUCAUUCUUUGAUGUUCAGUUAAUGUCAUCUCCGAACAUUUCCAUGCUAACACAAGCAUGAGAUAAGAUGGACAAAUUAGGUGAUGCCCUUCCAUUCUUAUGGAGAAUUCAACAGCUGCAUUGGAGUCAAAAAUUCAAGUUCUCAUUUCCUAUGACUGGGGCCUUAUCAUCAAUUCUUGUACAAAGACCUUUCUUUCCUGGAGAACACACAGUGAAGCAGAAUAGUUAUUUGUUGAAUUAUUGUUAGGCAUGUGAAGCCAUUGUUUCCUUUCUAAUGCACUGUAAACUUCUCAGUUCUCAUUCAUUACAAGAUUAUGAAACUUCUUUGAAGUAAUCGAAUUUUCAUGACAUGUUUUGCAUUAUUUUCUGCAGAAAGUGA